GUGAGAAUGAUGUGUGCUGCCAAGAAGUGUGGCAUCUGAUUUUAGCCUCCAGCUAGUAUCUUAAUCUACGAGAAUGAAAUUAAGGGGAGAAUUCGCUCGCGCAUUCUGCCAGUUCAAAACUUUUCAAAGUUUUCAGGUUGCAUGCAAGCGGCUGAACAGCUAAAGAAUAACCUACGACACAAGAGUUACCCAUAACAAGGAUUCCCGAGGCAGCUAGAGAAGCUAUCCAGUUUUUUAUGAGGUUACUUGUAGGGGCAUUUGGCAGAAACAAUGGAACAAAUUUGACCGGAAACAACCAAUGAUCCUGAAAAAGACCUGAACACACUGGAUGACAAGGAGCUUGCCAAAAGGAAGAGCAUCAUGGAUGAACUUUUUAAGAAAAAUCAGAAGAAAAAUGAUCCAAAUUUUGUUUGAGACAUUGAGGUCAAAAUGCCACAGGAUGAACAGCUGCAGUCCUGUGGCUGGGACACAGUCAGCUCAUAA